CAUCGAAUAAUGGUUUCUACAUCAUGAGUUCAUGUCCCAACAAAGAAGAUAUUUGGAACGCGGUGUAUAACACUGAAUCCCGCACGCUCAUCACGUGGGGUCAGGAUAAUCAGGCGUACCUCCCGUCAUCAGACAAGGCCGUUGAAACACCGUUGUUCACAGCGAGACUUGGCAGGGAGGCUAUGUUAUCAGAUGGUAUCUCAGUCACCAAUAUUGAUCUUGGAACAAAGGAUGAUGCCACCACCACCACCACGAUCCACAACUACCACCUGACUGGGAGUGUGCGUGAUCCAGGUGUCGCUGUGCUGAUAGACAACUUGCUCACAUGGACACAAGAUCCAGAACGAGGCUCCAGUAUGAUUGUAUCCAGGACUGCUACAGAAUCCUUGCUCCUGGUGCUGCUUGUGAACAUCGCCAGCAGACUGAAGGACGACGGAACUGUUGACGUCAUCACUGAUAUGGGGAGACUGUGUUCUCGUCAUGGAGGUGCACCCUUUACAAUGGAUGAUGUCCGUUUCUGUCUGGAGUUUUCUCGACAGUUCCUGGAGAUUCUCGGGACGUACGCCAACAUCUGAUGAACAGAUCC